CUCCGCUCGCGCCAUGCACCCGCUCCGCGCAAUUACAUAAUCCAAAAACAAUCCAAAACCCACAGUGCUUGUGCAGGAACCGCCAGUGGACUGUGUCUGUGAGUGUCAAUGCGGAGAACCAACAUCCAGUUAUAGGUAACGCAUCCAACGCCGAACCUUUCGUUUCACAUCACUAUUCGGCCCAAGAAAUGAAACGGAAAAGGUGUACCCCCAUCACCUCAGGCGUCGUAUAGGUCGUCCGUCUCGCUCUUUGCCAUGCCGGACGACGUCACAACAAUGCGCUACGUGCUCUUCUGUCUGCUGUCUCUGUCCCUCAACAGGAACCUCGCGUUUGUGCUCGACAAGCAAAACCCAUACUCGCAGUUCCGCAAAUGGAACGCGGCGUUGAACGGUACACUCGAAUUGGAGUUCAAAACGGACCAACCGAACGGUCUAUUGCUGUACACAGAUGACGGAGGCACUUACGACUUUUUUGAGCUGAAGCUGGUGAAUGGGGCGCUCAGAUUGAGGUACAACUUGGGUGGGGGAGCUCAGAUCAUCACGGUUGGGAGCAACCUCAACGAUGGACACUGGCACAAAGUUCAAGUGGCUAGAAGAGACGAGCACACGUCUCUCGCAGUGGACGGGGCGACCCAAAGCAAAGUGUCCCGCGGCAAAGAGUUCGUUUUCGGCAAGUUCACCACCAACUCCGACGUCUUCGUGGGCGGCAUACCACCUUCGUACAACUCCAAGCUGACAACUCUAGCGCUACCGUCGGUGAUCUUCGAGCCCAAGUUCCGAGGGGCUGUGAGGAACCUGGUCUACUCCGACUUGCCUGGCCAGCCGCCGAGGAGGCAGGAGCUGAGGCAUUCCAGGGACUUGAAGGCGGCUCGUGGCAAGUACGCCGAGGUUAAAGGAAAAGAUGGGAUAAAAUAA